UUUAAGCGUCGCAUACGCGCUUUUGUUUGUUUUGAUUUUCUUGUGCGUGUGGACGUGUUUCCUCUCCUCCAAAUAAAGGGCCAACUGAAUCUCGCUCCUCCUCCUCCUCUGUUCUUUUUCAUCCCUCGUCUCUGCAUCCAAUCCCAUCUCUCCCUUGACCCCAUACGCAUAUACAGCUAUUCAAAAUGCUCGAAGCCAGACUCCCCACCGGUGCCCUCCUCAAGAAGGUCCUUGAGGCAGUUAAAGACUUGAUCACGGAUGCAAACUUUGACUGCUCCGACAACGGUAUCGCUCUUCAGGCGAUGGACAACUCCCAUGUUGCGCUAGUCGCGCUUUUGCUCCGCCACGAUGGAUUUGAGCCCUACAGAUGCGAUCGCUCGCUCGCCCUUGGCGUCAACCUUGGUUCCUUGACCAAGGUUUUGCGUUGCGCAGGAAACGAUGAUAUUAUCACACUCAAGGCUGAUGAUACUGCAGAUGUCCUCAGCUUGACCUUUGAAAACAGCGAGAACGACAGGAUCUCGGAAUACGAGCUCAAGCUGAUGGAUAUUGACAGUGAGCACUUGGGUAUCCCCGAAACGACCUACGACGCCGUUGUGCAGAUGUCGUCAAACGAGUUUGCACGCAUUUGCAGAGACCUUCAGGUACUCUCGGAUUCUGUCCAGAUCGAUGUGACCAAGGAGGGUAUCAAGUUUGCGGCCAAGGGUGAACUCGGUUCCGGUGCUGUGACGUUGAAGCAGAAUGCUAAUGUCGACAAGGAGGAUGAGGCGACCUUGAUCGAGCUCCAACAGAACGUGUCGCUGAACUUCUCGCUCAAGUACCUUGUUGGGUUCGCAAAGGCGACUGCAUUGUCGAGCCGUGUUUCGUUGUCGAUGUCGAGCGAGGUGCCUCUAUUGGUCGAGUACAAAAUGGAGGCUGGAUACAUUCGCUACUACUUGGCCCCCAAGAUUGGUGAGGACCACUAAGUGGAGUGCUUACGCGUACAGUGACAAAAUGGACAUGGGAACAAGAACAUAACAUAAUUACGAAUGCGAAUAAAGAAACAAAAUAAUAACAC